CAAAGGGGUUUUCAGUGUUUUGUUAGUAACGUAAACAAAAUAAAAACAGAUUCAUGGAAACGAAGCCACCAAAAAUUUUGUGAAGACAACGCUUACGAUAAGUCGAGCACCAAUGGGCUACAAAAAAUAAGGAUGAUGAGUGACAACUGCACUUGCGGGAAUAGCGGGGAGGUAGGAAAAUGCGUGCGCUGUACCUCCCCUGUGCAGCCUACAGAUCUGAGUCUGAAGUGUCCGUCCAAGAAACUGCGGCCCAUACCACCGCCCCUCGAUCUGGCUGGUCAUCCACCCAAUGCGCUGAAGGAGUUUGCUAUAAUUGCAACGAGCCCAAAAAGCCCACUGAUGCAGAAGAGUUUACCAUUUCGUAAAAGGGCAUACAGCUUUUCAUGGAAUUCAGAUGUCACCCCACCACCUACUCCACCACAGCAGCCGGCACAAGCCAUUAUUACUGCCACCACAGUAAAAGUGGAGCCGCCUGCAAGUCCAAGUACACAGCAGGCACAGAGCUCAGUUCUCAUGAGCCCAGCAUCUCUCACCAGUAGUCGUGAGGAUCUCCAUUCUUGUCCAUGGCCUGCUCCAGUGUGGCACUGCUUCCAGCCAGGAACACUAGUGCGUUUUAGUGGUGAUACAACAUGGCGACGGGCUGAGGAAAUUUCGGGCUAUCGCUGUGAGUGGCUACGCCUAGAAAUGGCAGCUGAACAAGAACGGACACAAGAUGGUGUGUCUACUGUACUUGCAUUCCGCUGGGAACGAGGUGAUCUGACUGCUCGAUGUUCUCGUUUACAGACAUUUUACACACAUCAUAAAGGUUGGUGUGCUGUAUGCCCAGAUGAAGUAUUGCAUGCAUACAGUGUAUCGUGUCACCUAUUAGAACCAGGAGAUAUAUGUUUACCACCUCCAAGAAACAGCUCCGCAUCUGUUGGCAGUAGCUGGCCACCAGUAACAGUGAAAUCUCCAGAUAUAUGUGACAGUUUUCGCAGGUUUAGUUUUCCUCCUGAGGAGUUACCAACAAGUAGGCACAAACUAGUGUCUCCAAAGCCAGUGCCAGUACCUUCCAUAGCAGUGGAAAUCUCAUCUCCAGUGCCCUCCCCUGCAGCUGGGCCAGAAACAGAGCGGGCAAAACGUCCUAUGAAUGCAUUUAUGCUGUUUGCCAAGCGUUACAGACUUGAACUUAUACAGUCGCACCCAGGCAAGGACAAUAGGGCAAUCAGUGUACUUUUGGGAGAGGCAUGGCGUAGCAUGCCUGCUGAGGAGCGUCAGAAGUUUGUGGAGGAAGCACGACUCCUGGCCCAGGAGCAGAAGAGGCGCCACCCUGAUUGUUGGAAGCGUAAGCGGUCUCAUUCCACCAGUUAGCGAUGUUCAAUAAAGUAUGUACAUUUGCAUUUAUUUACUUGUGCAUUUAAAAACUUGAAGUACCCCAUGAAGGAAUGGUUGGCUAUAUCAGUUUUCUGUGGGCAUUAUGCUGUUCAAUAUUUUCUGUCAUGACAUAACA